AUGACUCGAUCGAAGAACAAACGCGGAAACGGAGCAGGGAACACCGACCCGAACAACCCCACCUUCCCUCCCAACCCCAGCCUUCCUGCCCGGCCCGGGCUGCCGGCCAACCCCAACCUGCCGGCCAGACCCAAUCCGCCGCCAUACCCAUCAAACCAGAACAACAACAACCAGCAACAGCACCACCAGCAACAGAACCAGCAGCGGCAACAGAACCAGCAAAACCAACAGAAACAACAGAAACAACAGAAACAACAGAACCAGCAGAAGCAGCAGCCGAAGAAGCAGCCCAAUCCUCCUAAACCGAAACCCAAGCCCAGAACUCCCACCCCUCCCCCGGAAUAUGAGGCUGAAAUGAACGAGAAUCAUUAUUACCAUGUCGAUAAGCUGCUCGAUCGCACCGGUCCGAUGGCUGAUCCGUCCUUCGAAGCCGGCGCCACGCCCAAAGACUUCAUGCGCAAGACCUGCAAGAUACUCGUGAUCGGAGCCGGUGGACUGGGCUGCGAAAUCUUGCAAAAUCUCGCGCUGCUCGGGUUCGGUGAUAUUCAUGUGAUCGACAUGGAUACGAUCGACCUCAGUAACUUGAACAGACAAUUUCUGUUUCGAGAAAAGGACAUCGGUCAGUCCAAAGCCGAAGUAGCUGCCAAGUUCAUCAUGAACCGAGUGCCGCAGGUCAAAGUGACACCUCACUAUUGCAAAAUCCAGGACAAGGACGAUGCGUUCUACAUGAUGUUCAACCUGGUGAUAUGCGGGCUAGAUUCAGUCCAAGCGCGCCGCUGGAUCAACGCGACGAUGGUGAAUCUGGUAGAUCCGGAAAACCCGGAGAGCUUGAAGCCGUUGAUCGAUGGAGGCACCGAAGGGUUCAAGGGACAAGCCCGAGUGAUUCUGCCCACGAUCACCUCCUGCUACGAGUGCUCGUUGGACAUGUUGACCCCGCAGACGGUCUUCCCCAUGUGCACGAUCGCCAACACCCCUCGGCUCCCCGAGCAUUGCAUCGAGUGGGCGAGCGUCUUGGAGUGGCCCCGCGUCUUCAAAGACAAGAAGCUGGACAACGAUAAUCCGGACCACAUCCAGUGGCUGUUCGAGCAAGCCUCGGCCCGAGCAAAGGAGCACGAUAUCAGCGGCGUCACUUGGAGUCUCACCCAAGGCGUCGUCAAAAACAUCAUCCCCGCUAUCGCUAGUACGAACGCUAUCAUCGCAGCGGCGUGCUGUAACGAGGCGUUCAAGAUUGCGACCACUUGUGCUCCUUACCUACAAAACUACAUGAUGUACAAUGGAAGCGAAUCGAUCUACACUUACACCUUUCAACACGAGAAAAAGCCCGACUGUCCUGUCUGCGGUGGCGAGUCGGUGCAGAUGUCGCUCUCCAAGGACUGGUUCCUGCAACAGCUAGUCGACCAUCUGAUCGAGCGAGCCGACUUUCAAAUCAAGCAGCCCUCGCUGUCGACGCCCAAAGGCCCGCUCUUCUUCCAAGGCCCGCCCGAACUGCGCGCGGCGACGGAAGCCAACCUGGACAAGAAGCUGGCCGAGCUCUUCCCCGACCACGCGGGGCCCGAGGCCACGGACGGCAUCGAGAUCACCGUCACCGACUCAAGCCUGCCGUUCCAGCUCAGCUUGCUCGUCAAACUCCAGUAA